ACUCACUUCCGGGAUCCUUCCUCACACAACGGUUUGUUUUAGCACAGACGAAAAACCGUUUGCGAACGUUGGACAAACCUUGUUUGCACCAAGUUCCCCUACCAGCUACUGUUAUCACAGAGGGGAAACAGACUGUGUAGACGUUCGCUUGUAUCGUUUGUGCAAGUUUUGUGUCUUUUGUUGUGUUCUUUUAUUUGUUAAUUCGGCGUAAAAUUUGAAUUUGUGGCGCGAUGGCGACCGAGCGUGGCGACCAACUAGUCCUGACCGGUAAAGAUGAAGCUACUCUCAGGGAAAUGCUGGAAUCUUGCACAGAUCUCUCGCAGCGGAAGAAAAUUCGUGCUGCGAUCCGCGAGGUCAUCUGCCGCGAGGAUGUGAGCACGACAUGGUCAUCAGCGUCCAGAAAGUAUGAGAAGAGCAAGCGUCCGUCAGACAAGGAAGCAAAGGAAAACAGAGCCCCAACCAUCAGCAGAACUUCUCGACCCAUGAACAACAUUGGUAGGAGUCCUAGUAGUACUGGUAGAGCCAAGAUGGACACACGAGAGAAACAAGGAGCUGACACAGAGACUCACGUCAACGGGGAUGACCCAGGACACUCGACCAAGGCUCUAGAAGACAUCGACAAUGAAGAAGAACUCCUUCAAAUGCUGAAGGAGACUACUGACUACAGGCAGAGGAAAGAGAUCCGCUUGGCCAUCAGAGCACUCAAGCGGCAGUCAGAAGCAGGUGAACCCGAAGAAGUAGAGAAGUCACGUGCUCGGAGACCGAGUGGUGGAAGAAGGCCUAGCUCCGACCGUACGCAUUCUUCCGGAACCGUCACCGGAUUGGCCGCCAGGAAGGGGAGCACGAGCGGGAGUCGACAGUUGGGGCGGAAGAACAGCGGGCAUCUGGUGGCCUGUCGGAGCGGAGACCGCGGGGAAACAGAGGGGAGGAAGACACCGGGAAGCAGCAGCAGUUCUCAUAAGGUUCUUGAACGGAAGAAAAGUCAGGAGAAGCCGAGUCCCAGGAAAAACAGCCAAGACGGAGGGGAGAGUUCUCGUGUGCCAGCCAGUCCCACACAGAAGAGCAGGAGAAAGUCAAGUUCUUCCAGCGAGACGUCCAGACUUGGGAGACAUCUCUCAAUAGAAGACAUCGAAGAUGAAGCCGUUCUACUUAAGAUGGUAAAGGAGACGUCCGAUGUGGAAGAGAAGCGACGGUUGCGAGCAAGAAUCCGAGCCGUUCGCAGACUGAGCCGCGACAGAAAAGACCUUGCAGCCGUCAAAGGCCAAGGUGAGAACUCAACUACCCAGAGUGAUUUACCACAAGCUGAGGAAGUAUUAGAGAAGCCUGUUGCAACAGAAACCAUGGAAUGUGCAGAGGAAAUUUCAGAAGUCCAAACUAAUGGUUUGACAAAUGGGGACUCGGAGAAAAAUGAUACGUCUUCUGCUGAAGUUGAGAAAGUUCAAGAGAGUGGUGAGGAAGAUGACUUGUCUUCCAAGACGGAAGAAGACCUUCAGUACAUGCUCCUGGUGUGUGCUGAUUAUGAUGAGAGGAAAAAGAUACGACAGGCCUUACGAGAUGUGAGGAAAAAUGGGCAACCCACAGGGUCAACCACUAAACAAGCCACCACAGCAGGAAGUCUUCAAGAUAAAGGCAAGUCAACCACCUCUCUAGGGAAACAAAAAACCGGCAAGGAGAUCGGCAAGCUGCCUGAAACUGCCCGCAAACUGGAAAAUGGGACAGCGUCUAAGAAAAGUGCAUCUUACAGGAAAGACAUGAAGAACAUAUCGGAGGGUAAGGUGGCCAGCCUUGGGAAUAAGUGGGAAGCAUUUGUUGACAAGUCCAACCCAUUUGAAAGAAGACGCAGUAGCAGCAAAGAGUCUGAUAAGGAAAAAGAUACUGUACCGACCCCUAAGAAGGCAGAGAAGGCUUCUUCCAAAGAAAGAGGGGCUGCUGUUUCAAAAUCUGUCCAAAACGGGAAGCCAGAAAAGUCAGCAGAAAAGGGAAACAACCAACCAUUGGAGAAAUCAAGUGCUGAGAAGGAGAAGUCAAAUGGUGUAACGGAAGAGAAGAAAAGACCAGUGAAAAAGAACGCCGCCAAUGUGACACCUGUCAGGGAGUCAAAGUUGACUGUAAAGCUGAAGUCAGAAAAGCCGGCAGAGGAAGAGAAUACCCACGAGCUGCAGAAAUCAAAAGCUGAAACGGAAAAGAAGAAACAAGGCGUGAAAAAGACUGCUGGCAAUGUCACACCUGUCAAAGAGUCCACAUUGUCUGUCAAGUUGAAGUCUGCAGAAAAAACGGAAGAAAAGGAGAGCAGCCAAGAGCCUGUGAAAGACAAAUCUGCACAAGAUGACAAGAUGUCCCUCAAAGAAAAGAAGCAACGUGUGAAAGCAAAUGCUGCCAGUUUGAUAACCAAGGAAUCCAACCUGUCUGUAAGCCUGGCAAAGAAGGGGAAAAGUUGGGAGGGGUUACUAAAAGACAAGCCCAAACGUCACCGUGUCUUCAGAUUGGAUGGCCAGGAAGACACGAGCUCUGCUCAAGAAGAGGAGAACACUGAAGAGCCCUCUAUCAGCAAUGAGGAAACUGCACCUGUGGAAAAUGUGGAGCCCUCCGAUGAUGAUGAUGAUGAUGAUGAGAAUGAUGCAGAGGAAGAACCAGCUUCCUCUGGAAAUAAGUGGGACAAACUCUUCUUCGGAAAGUCGUCAAGGGUCAGAAAGAUCAAGAUCGAUGAGGAGACUCUGAAUGGCUUACCAAGAGCAAGGGUCAAGAGUGAUGACAGUGAGGCUGGUAAGGAUGAUUUGACUGAAACAGCCGCUGACGAGGAUGCCUUAAGUGAUAAAUCGGAGGAGAAAGAUGUUAGGGAUGAUGAUGCAGAUGAUGAUGAAGAUGUUAUUGCAGAUGAAGAACCACUUGCUGAUGCAGAGAAAGAUGCCUUGCUAUUGGCUAACACAGAGUCAGCUGAUGAAGAUGCUGAUUCGGAACACAACUUUGACACCAAGGAGUAUACAGAGGAACUGUCCGACACAGAAGCAGACUUAGACUUACUUGUCGACACAGAUGUUGAAAAUACCAAUGAUGACAACAUAUCCACAACAACUACAGAUGCAGAGGCAAGUGUACGUGAGGACAAUAUAUCUCCACCUUGUGUAAAUACAACCCAAUCACAUACUUUGGAAACAGGCACAACCAUAAGUGGCGUAAACAGAGAUAAGAAAACAAACGAAGCGGGUGACCGGAUUGUGCAGGAUGCAGAAGCGGAGGAAGAAACUUGCGAGCAAGACAUGGAAUCUGUCAUGAUCCUCGACGAGGAGGAGCUUGCCGGCAUCCAGGAAGAAGUAGGAGAAGACAAGACAAUGGAUUCUGAGAACAAAGAAGAUGAGGAAGGGGAAGAAGAAGGUGACCCAGAAGAGGUACAGGAUCUUAAAGAUGAGGUUACGCCUCAGGAGACUACGGAAGAAUCUCAAGACGGCCUUGUGAAUUCCUCCGCAGCUGACGUAGAUGAGACUACUGGUGAAGACAGCAAAUCAGAAACAUCUCCAGAAGAUGCCAACACUUCUGAGGCAACGGUCGAUGCCGACGACUCCACUCCUAACGAACAGGUGAAAGACCCAGAUUCCAAGUCCCAGGACAGAAGCUGUGUCAAGAAGCGAAUGGCCGACGAAGGUCAAGAGGUGAAGGUCACGGCAGCCCUGGACAACCUGGACAGCAUCGAAGAUGAGGAGCAGCUGGAGAAGCUGCUUGAUCAUACAACAGAGUACGACGAUAGGAAGAGGAUACGCGCUGCCUUGCGGAUCCUACGGAAGAAGAAAAGAGAGGGCCUAUUGAACCACACAGUGUCCAAAGUUCUGUCCAACCUGCAAGACAAUCAGAGUAAGGUCAGCAACAACCACAUCAAGAAGGACGACAAGGAGAAGAAGAGUCUCAAGACCACUGACGCUUUGACCAAGAGAUUCUCGGACAAGCCUUCCGAAAGACUGAGCUCUCUGAGACAAGCAGAUAGAAAGAAGGAGCAAGAUCAGCUGAACUCGAGGCUCAAGGCAAAGGAGGACAAGAAGGAGGAGAAACCACACAAGAAGGAGGAGAAGGACAAAAUGUCGACUACCGUAAGAAAAACGACGACCUCUGGGCCUGGUGGAAGGACCACAGAGACUGUCACUACAGAGACCACUGACAAUGGUGGUGGUAGUGUGCGGUCCAAGACAGUUGUCACCAGUCAGACCAAGACCUGGGGUAGUUCGGGAGGAGCAGCCGCACCAGGUGCUAAAGUUGGCAGCGUGUUCGACAGGGAAGAGCCUGCCAGGCCACGGAAGGCGGGCCACCAGAUCGACCGCCAGCUAGCGGAGAGGAAGAAAGAAAUGGACAGAAUGAAGCAAGCCUCGCGCAGCCAGAGCAUGAAGUCUGCCAAAUCUGCAUUCAUCCAGAAGCUUGAAGGAGAUGCUCCCAAAACUGGAGGAAAACCAACUAGAAGGCUCAUUGAUGUGUUAAGUGGCACUAACCUGAAGCGUAGCUUCAGCACCCCGGCCAGACCUGGUGCGUCCCGCGUGCCCAACGCCAGCGCUGUGAAGGACAUGUUGUUGAGAUGGUGCAGGUCGAAAACUUCUGGUUAUGACCAUGUGGAAAUCAGCAACUUCUCGACCAGCUGGAAUGACGGAAUGGCCUUCUGUGCGCUCAUCCACCACUUCUUCCCUGACGCGUUCGACUAUGAAUCCCUCGACCCUAAGAACAAGGGGCACAACUUCAAGUUGGCCUUUGACACGGCAGAACAAAAGGCGGACGUCCCCCAGCUCUUGGACGUUGAAGACAUGGUGCGGAUGAAGUGUCCCGACUGGAAGUGCGUCUUCACCUACCUACAGUGUGCCUACCGCCAGCUACACGAACUCGAUAAGUAGAACAAAGGAGCGAAGCGGACAUCAUGCCCCUACUUGAAGUGCAGGACAUGUUGGACAUGGGGGCCAAACCCGACUGGCGCUGUGUCUUCACAUACGUCCAAUCACUGUUCAACAACCUCAGGAGACUAGAAGCAAGGGGUUUAACACGGGGAGGGCAGAAACCGGUAGACAACGACGAUAGUGAUGACGACGAUGAUCCGCCAAUGUUUGCCGCUUCUACUAUUAAAGUGAAGACGUUUUAAGAGUGAUGCUUAGCUCUUAUAGAUACUUAUGAAAAAAAUGUAUUCUGGCAAACUUUUGACCUCUUGCUCAAACAGCUUUUGGGCUUUCUUUUGUUUUCAAGCUACAGUGUGUAUGCCACAGGAUUCUAGAAACUUACCAUAACAUGUUACAAUUUUGAAAUUGAUAUUUUGUGGUAAUCAAAGAUGAACGUGUCCUCUUGAACUUGAAGUUUUUGUUGUGAAGAGCACAUUUGAACAAUUGGUCACUGGCAACAUUGACUAGCAUACUAGUGAGUAUACAUGUAAUAUAGACAUACACUAUGGUUAAGAAGGUCAAAUGUUGAGAGACAGACUGCACGUCUUUGAGAGAGGUGCACCAAGUGUUGCAAUAUGAAAAGAUAUUCUAUACCACUGCACGUGCCUUUUAACCUUAAUCACACUAAGGUAGCCGUUUGGCUACCAAUUCUGUUUAGUUACGGGGUGAGGCAGCAACGAAAAGGUUAAACAAUAUAUGUGACACAAUAGAAGUGCAACACAUGCAUUCUUCUAUCCAUGCCAACUAUAAUGAUGGAAAGACUUUUGAGAAUCAUGCAACUGUUGAGGAUUGGACUUGACACAAGAGUUUUCACUUCAUGAUUAUGGUACAAUAAUUGUUACACAGUUGAUGUAACAGGUUUUUAUAAAGAGUGCUGAAGAAGAUUGUCGAGUUUUACAAGUUUGAAUGCCAGAUCAUGAACAGCCAAUGCCAAUAUUAGCUAGAAUCUGCCAUGUCAUGAACGCCUCCUAGUGAUUGUACAAGAAACUGCAGCACACCUGUAUAUAGUGCAAGGCACACUCUGUAUUCAACUAAGUAUGUUACUUUGAUACAUUGUUGCAGUAAGUUCAAUGCAUUUGUACCAUAAAUGUCAACAUUUUUAACAUGUCAGGUUUUUAUAUCACCUUGUAUAGAGGGAGAUGUCUUCUAUUAUUUAACCAAUCCAUUUCAACAACAAUGAAUUUUACUGGUUUUAGUCAGAUGAGAUUUAUACAGUGGAGACAAAAAUCUGGGGACUGAAAGUUUUUACACUGCUUUGUGUAUACACGUUACAUAGAUUCUGUACAGUCUAAACAGGUAUAUCACUGUAAUCAUGAGAUAAUUGGGGAGGGGGGCUUCUAUACCUUGUGCAAAAUGAGGGUUAAGUGAACCUGAGACAAAAGAUACUUCUUUUAGCCUCAAGAAGUUUACUGUCUCUUACAUGAGCAAGAAGGUAAACAAAGCAAUAAUUCUGCAUGCAUUUAUGGCUACUGUACAAAUACACCUUGUAGUGUAAUAUCACAGUGUUAUAUUGGUAUCACAAAAUACUCAUUGCAAGCACAGUGAAACAAAAAGUGUCACCCACACGUGUUAUGCACAUAUCUGGAAUUGCUGACGAAAAUGAGGAUGCAUCUUCCAAGAUGAAAAAAAAAAAGUAUUUUUAGAUUUUGCACUGCUAUGUUCAUGUAAUUAUGGGAUAAAUAGCACCAAGGGCUUUUGUGGGGACAUGUAGAAAUGUAUUUUAUGUGUCUGGAAAAGGGGGGGAGUUUGGGGACAGUUGAAUGUUACAUGUGAGUGAAACAAUUGGGAAAGUUUAAAGAAUGUAUCUAAUGCAAGAGGAGCUCACAGUACAGUGUAAAUACAUGUAUGACUUGUGCAAAAAAAUGUCCUAAAGUUUCAUGUUAUUACAAGAAGAUAGGUCUAGGAGCUGAAGUGUUAUUGGAAGCUUUUUUUUAUGGAUAUUAUACCUGUAUUAUUUACACCUCACCAGAGGUUCUCCAAAUGCACCAUGCAUGGAGUGUUCAAUACCACACUUUUGUGCACUGUUUCGCUUCUCCAGAGAGGCAUGAAUCAUAAUGAAUAAAAGCCAUGAAGUGAUGGAA